AUGUCACGCGAGACGUACGGCGUAAGCGUAGAAGAACUUCCAGUCAUUGUCAAGGCUCUGGCGCGCCAGAGCGCUGCCGAGCGCGCCGGUGGUGCGGCGUCCGAUGACCUGUACGCUGCGCGUGUGGCGAGCGCCACCGUGCUACAGGGCGUCCUCAGCGGCAGCCGCGGCGUGCCGCGCGACCGGGCCAUCAAGGUCGUCGCCUCGCUCUGCGACAUGGCCGCCUCGGACCUGCUCGCCUCCCCCGACUGGCCGCGGCUGGAGGCCGCCCUUGCGCGCGCCCAGGCGGAGGCCGGUGCUGACUGGGCCGCGUUCACACGCCUCGUGGUGCCGUGCCUGGGGUCGAUAGAGGCGAGGCAGGACUACUUGGCAGAGCUCGUCGGCAGCGUGGCGGCGGCGGAGCACAGCGGCGAGACAGACAUAGCGCGUGGCUGGAUAGCUUACCUUGGGACCUGCUUUGAAUAUUACGAGGCUCUUGAUGAUUUGGAGACGACGGCGCGGCGGCGGCGGCAGCAGGGCAGCGCUGCGGAUCAGGAGGGUUUGUCGAACGGCAGCGGCGGCAGUGGCAGCAGCGAGGGCGAGAGCGACGGCGGUGGCAGCAGCGGCGGCGGCGAGAGCGGCGGCGGCGGGGACGGCGAGGGCGAGAGCGUCAGCGGUGGCAGCAGCGGCGGUGGCGAGAGCAGCAGCGGCGGGGACGGCGGGGACGCCACCUCAAACCAGGCAGCAGCGGCGGCCGGCAGGCCGGACGAUGUGACGAGUUGCGGUGCAGGCGCGGCCCUGCGCAUUCGGAACGGCAGCGGCAGUGAGGCCAGCUACUCGGAUCCAGCGGCCCCGCAGCUCCCGACUCAUGCGGCCGCCAGCGGCCAAACGAUGCCCGCGGCCUCAGUUGGUGGCGGCGGCGGCGGAGGCAGCAGCGGCACGCCCAACAGCGUGGGGGCUGCCGCUGCCAAUAGUGCUGCCGCCGCCACUGCCGCCCGUGCCGCCUCCGCGUACCCGGCGCGCGCGACGCUGCGCGCCGGCGCCGGCGACCGUCUGAGCGCCCUCAAGAGCAGCAUCCAGCAGCACCUCAAGCCUGCGGGCCCCGCCCCGCCGCGCCGUGCGCCUCAGGAGCCUCAAAGUGAUGACAGCGGCCGCGGCGCCGGCGGCGGUGGGGCCUGCAAAGCAGUCAGCAACCGCUCAGGCGCUGCGGACAGCCAGACGCCCGACAUGCGCAGUGAUGCGCAGGGCAGCAACGGCCCCAUAUUCUUUGGUUCUGUGAUGAACGGUGGCUCGCCAGACUGCUGCGUGGGGGCCAGCGACGGCGAGGGCGACGACAGCGGCCCGGAGGCGCUGCCAGACUGGGACGCGGCGCGCCGCCUGCUCGAGCGCCUCGCAGAGACGCUGCCCGAGCUGCAGCGCGCGGAGGAGGCGCGCGCGCGCCGCCUGGAGGCGCGCCUCGCCGCGGCUGAGGCAGAGGCCGCGGCGCAGCGCCGCACGGCGAGCACCGCCGCGGAGUCAGCGGAGCGUGAGCGGCGCCGCGCGGACGCGGAGGCCGCGCGCGCUUACGGCGCCGAGGCCCGCGCGGCGGGUGAGGCGGCCGCGAGGCGGCGCGCGGAGGAGGGGGCCGAGGCCGAGGCGGGGGCGCUGCUCGCUGAGCUGGCGCGGGCGCGGGAGGAUGCGGCUGCUGCGGCGGCGGGCGCCGCUGCGCGGUUCGGGCAGCUGGAGGCGCGGGCGGCAGAGGCUGACAAGCUCAGGGCACAGCUUGACCUGGUGAGGCUGCACGCAGCCACCCGCCGCCGCACCACCACCCCGCCCACCACCCGCACCGCCUCACCCGCAAUGGGCCCGGCAUGA